CUCCAGGCUCACAUUCAGUGCUCUGAUCUAUCGCAGACUACCAUCUCAUGUCUUCAAUCCAUUUACAACGAGCGAAACGCUGGAAAACCACCGCCUUUUACGCUGAAUGGUACGCAAAUGCCGCAGACUACUGCCAGUCAUCGGAGGGGAAGCGAGAGUUCGAAACCUGGGUACUGUCGACGCAUGGACCAAUCAAAGGUCGACAGAAGCUCCAGGAUUGCGCAAAGGCUCCGCGUAAGAAAUACGGGAUGUCAACAGGCAAUGUAGCAAUGUUAAAUGCUGCUGCUGUCGAACUAGGGAUUAGCGACGAGGCGUUGGUCCUGUAUCAUGAAUUCAUAGCGACAUAUGGUAUAGGAGAACCAGCACGGACAAAGCCUGCCAUUCGCCGAAGACGUGGAGAAAGCUCUGGGGAUUGGAUAGCACGCCGCUAUGAGGCCCAAAUGGACGGACACAAGAUGCCGAACAUCGACCUUCACUGGCUACACGCCAUCGCUAUAUCAGAAUAUGAUAAAACCAAAGACACGAUUGAAGUGUGGCGCACCAGUCCAGAAACAUUUUUCACCCACAUUGAGCGUCGAGGACAGAGUACCAUUUCCUUUCCCGAGGUCGUUCGCAUGUCCUCCGAGUUUGAUCGUCGUGUGGCAAUGAUGGACGAUGCAUUCAGAUCUAGCAUUCAUAGGCUAUCGCUUGCACACUGUGCUUGGUCAGAGGCUGCGGCCCUUUUUGAAGACCUGAAGAUGAUGGGCUUGAUGACCCCUUCAUCUCUGGAAAGGGCAUACAAGAAGGAUACAAAGUUAUUGUGGCGCCUCAUCAGCUGUUUUUCCAAGGAAUCCGAAUUCAUGAGUUGGUUACGAGGAACUUUGACUGCUGUCCUCAGCUGGUGUGACGCAUUCCGGCCAUAUCUCAAGCGAUGGAGAAAUGCGGACGCGACUUCGGAUGUUAAGAUCGACGAAGAUUACCUGAAAUGCAACGGUUGGAAGAGCAACUUUCAUCAAUUUGUGGUAGUUCAUAUCUCAAGAGGAAUGGGCAAUAUAGCGGGCUUCUUUGAAGGGUUGUACAAAGAUUUUCUGUUGAAGGACCCCACCCUUGCAAGCGCGUUCUCAGCGGAAGCUUACGAUUUCCUGGGCGACACUGCGGCAGCUGAAGAGGACAUCACAGUUCUAGAAUUCGACAGUUUCGUUCGCGAGUCUGACUUCGGUGUUCGCCUCAAGGAACACGCAUGCCUCCUCGCUCCGACCCCUCAGGAUCUUCUCCACCUUCCGCAUUUCGCCUCCACCGUUCUCUUCAUGAACCCUACCAAAUUCAAACCUUGUCUACCCCAUUACGACAAGAAGGCAUGGGGCCCCGUCGGCGCUUUCACUCGAGGCCAAGCGGAAGCCUGGUCAAGUAUCACUGGUCAUAUGGGUAUUCUCAGCAUAAUACGCAUGUGGCUGAGCGGCGAGUAUCGAGAUGAGGACGGGAACUUGAAGGAAGAAAAGUUGGGAAUAAAUUCGGACAUCAUGUGGAUCGAGGUUGACGCUGCCAUGAUGGCAAUGGCUAGUACGCUGGAUAGAGAUGGGGUCGACAAUAAGGGGAGAGUGGCGAAGGCGUUUGGACUCCUCAAUCCGAAAGACCCGAACAGGCCGAUGACGAACAAGUAUCUAUUCAAGUCGUAUAUUCCACAGAAGGAGACGUCCAGGAUCGAAGAGGUAGUCGAAGAGGUAGUGACUCCCACUUCUGUCGCUUCCUCAUCGCCUGGUCGCGAUGCCCCCAGCAUACCGGUCGCGGCGCCAAGUGAGACAAUAGCGAAGUCAGGCCACGCAUACGUUUCCGAGCUGGUCAAAGAGGCUGGCCUGUUGAAGGAGAAGGUCAAAACGCGGAAGGGUCCGUCUGUUGAGGUCGUAGCUGCUAGCGGUCCCGGUGACGACGAUCUAGACGAGGCCGAGAGACUCGAGUCGUUACCGGAUGUUCUGCCUGCGCAGUACAAAUUGGGGAAGAAAGUGAUGAAGAUCUUCCAUCAUGAAGGAUUCUUCGGACAUCGCUGA